GCUGUUUUCUGUGAUUUAGACGUUCCCUUUCAAGGUCACUGGCCAUGCCACAGUUGGGGGUUUGUAAGGCCCUCGGUGGAUUCCACUUGAAAAGGUCAUUUGAUAUUCCUGAGUUUAGGUUGCUUGUCGCGGAAUUGGUACACGAUAAAACUUCCGCUAAAUAUUGGCAUUUAAAAAGGGAUGAUUCAAAUAAAACCUUCAGCAUCCAGUUUCGGACAACUCCGUUUAACAAUACGGGUGUUUCUCACAUACUGGAGCACACCGUGCUAUGUGGAUCUGGGAAAUACCCUGUCCGCGACCCAUUUUUCAAGAUGUUGCACAGGAGCCAAGCAAACUUCAUGAACGCCUUGACCGCUAGCGAUUGGACAAUGUAUCCAUUCUCCACAAUGAAUGAUGCCGACUUCAGGAAUCUGCUCUCUGUAUAUUCUGAUGCUGUCUUCAAUCCAAAGUUAACAGAGUUUGAUUUCAUGCAGGAAGGGUGGCGCUUGGAACCUGAGAAACUCAUGGAGCCGUCCACAAAAUUGCUUGUUAAAGGUGUAGUCUUCAAUGAAAUGAAAGGAGUUUUCUCAAAUGCUCUCAACCGGUUUGGCCAAACUGUACAGAAUAACCUACUACCUCGUACUUAUGGUUAUGUUAGUGGUGGUCAUCCGCAAUGCAUACCGAAAUUGACUUGGGAGGAGCUGAAGCAGUUCCAUCACUCCUACUACCAUCCAAGCAAUGCCAACAUAUAUUCUUACGGUGAUGUCAACUUGGAAUGGUGUUUGGAGUAUUUAAACAAAGAAUAUCUCCAAAAUUAUACUCUCCUGGAGUUGGAGAAUCACGUUCCGCUGGAGCCAGUUUGGGAUGCUCCUCGUACAGUCGACUUGAAGUGCGAAUCUGAUCCGAUGGCCCCUGAUCCGGAUCGCCAAUGUGUUGUUUCGCUUAGUUAUCGCUUAGAGGACAUUCGGAAUAUUUACACAAAUUUCGUCCUCGGUUUAUUGAGCAAGUUGCUUCUAAGUGGUGACAACGCACCUCUCUAUCAUGGUCUCAUUGAAUCCGGGUUUGCUUUGGAUUGGGCUGGGAGCGUCUACGGAAUGGACCAGGAAGCGCGAACGACCAGCUUUCACGUGGGUGUUCAAGGUGUUCGAGCUGACCAAGUUUCCGAAUUUUCUGAGCGAGUGAACACCAUACUUCAAAAGGUUCUCAGCGAUGGCUUUCCUUUGGAGCGUGUGGAGGCUUUACUUCAUCAGUAUGAAUUGGCCAUGCGUCACGAAUCCGCACGAUUUGGCCUACACUUGAUAUUCGCAUUGGCCCACGCCGUGAACCACGAUGCUGAUGUGAAGGAAGUUUUGGAAGUACAAAAUAUGGUCAGGCGAUUUCGAGCCGAUUUGCAAACAAAUCCAUCUUUGUUGCUGGACUUGAUGCAACGGUAUCUUUUGGACAAUAAGCACGUUUUACUAACUACGAUGCGGCCAGACGAGAAUUGGCUCGUGGAAGAGUCUACACGAGAUGCCCAACUUCAUGAGUGCAUCGUUGCUGGCCUUUCCUCUUCCGAACGCGAUAGCUGGGUCGCGAAAAGCCGAGAGCUGCUGAUGAAGCAACAACAGCAGGAGGAUAUCUCAUGCCUUCCAUGUCUACGCUUACUGGACAUAUCAUCGGACGGUCGUCGGGAACCGUUUACGCUGACUCAAGUCAACGGUUGCCCUGUACAACUGAAUGAAGCCCCGACAAAUGGCGUGUUUUAUUUUCACGCUUUGGCCGACUUGAAGAAUUUGUCCUCAGAUCUACUCAUUUACGUUCCGCUCUUUUGUGAAUUGUUUCCCAGGUUGGGAGCCGAGGAGCUGUCUUAUUUGGAGAUGGACCAAGCGAUUGAGUUGAACACCGGUGGACUCAGCGUAUCACCUCAUGUCACUCCGGCAGUGCACACAGACGCGACACACGGACCCUCCACCGACGACGCUUUGCUGGGCGUGCAUCUCUCCGGCUAUUGCUUGGAAGACAAAUUGCCAAAGUUCUUUGAACUGUGGACAAAGCUCUUCCGUUCGCCCACAUGGUCUGACAGACAGCGCCUGAUGACUCUUAUUUUGAUGUCUGCGUCUGGUGAUUGGUCUGCCAACGCGAUGGCUGAUUCGGCCCAUCGUUUCGCUAUGAUACGAGCCGCCGCUAAUUUGGCUCCCUCAUGUCGCUUGCAUGAACUCUGGAACGGACUCGAACAGGCCCUGCUCAUCAAGAAGGUAGCUAGUUGCCUCGGCGCGGAAGGGUCAGAAGCGGAGGCUGCAGUGCAUGAAUUGACCCAACGAAUGUUGGCCAUUUGGAAACACAUUGCUGAUUCGAAGCGGUUGAAGUGA